AUGAAUUUAAGAAUGCGAAAAAGAAGUGCAGUAACAAUUACUAAAGCGCCAAAAAAGGUCUCAAAGAAAAAAGGUUGUAAAAUAAUUGAUGUUAAUAAUGUCGAUAACGUUAAUAAUAAUACUGUUGACGACAACAAUGGCAACAAUAUUAAUAAAAUAUUAACACCCACACCCGAUUUAUCAUCAGAAUCUACAUCCAUAUUAACGCUAGCAUCGUCAACACUCGAUUUAUCCACAUCAAAUUUAUCCACACCUACAUCUAUGCCAACAUCAGCCAAUUCACCAGCAACUUCAGAAUUAACAUAUAUAUAUAUGUCCAUACUAGCAUACAACUCAAACAAAUUUGCAUCAUUUUCAUCGGAAAUAUUUGUAAAAAUAUGCGAGGAUUUGCCGCCUCUAGAUAUUUUCGCAUUGUCAAGAGUUUGCAAACUGUUUCGUCAAUAUUUGUGCACAUCCGAUUCAUUAAUAUCACAAAUCAUUUGGCGAAAAACAAGACUCCGGUUUCUAAUCUACCCGCGGCUACCACCACCGCAAGGGAGUAAUUAA